GGGAGAGCGACAUUGCAAGCAGAUCAGAGGGGGGUGCGUCGCUCAAGCAGGACCGAGGAGGAAUCACAGCAGCCCCGGCUGGGACUGCCAUACCCGACCCGCUGGAUCCCCGGAGGAACAGAGAGAACACGUCGCCCAAGGGAGAGGAGCUCUGUUCAGGCUGUAGGAUGUUCUCGUCAGUGAAGGCCUUCGAGGGGCAGCAAUACUCCACCCUGAAGAGGCAAUGCCUUGCCAGUGGCCUUCUGUUUGAAGACCCACACUUCCCCGCCUUGGACGACACCCUCUUCUACCAGGGCAACAGGAUUGGACACGUGCACUGGAAGAGACCCCAGGAGCUCUCUGAGGACCCUCACCUGUUUGUGGAUGGGAUCAGUGCGCACGACCUGCACCAGGGCCAGCUGGGAAACUGCUGGUUUGUGGCAGCGUGCUCCAGCCUGGCCUCCAGAGAGUCCCUGUGGUCUAAAGUCAUCCCAGACUGGAAAGAGCAGGAGUGGGACACGGAGACACCCGAGUCGUACGCCGGGAUCUUCCACUUCCGCUUCUGGCGCUUCGGAGAGUGGGUGGAUGUGGUGAUCGACGACCGACUGCCCACGGUGGACAACCAGCUGGUCUACUGCCACUCGGAUGACAGCAACGAGUUCUGGAGCGCACUGGUGGAGAAGGCUUAUGCCAAAGUGUACGGUUGCUACGAGGCCCUGGACGGCGGGAACACAGCGGAUGCCCUGGUGGACUUCACAGGGGGCGUGUCGGAGCCCAUGGACCUGCUGGAGGGCCAGAUGGCCACUGACGAGGUGGCCCGUAACCAGCUGUUUGAGAGGGUGCUGAAGGUCCACAACCGGGACGGCCUCAUCAGCUGCUCAAUCCGGGCGACCACAGUGGAGGACAUGGAGGCACGGCUAGACUGUGGCCUGGUCAAGGGUCACGCAUACGCAGUGACGGACGUGAAGAAGGUGCGUCUGGGCCAGGGCCUGCUGGCAUUCUUCAAAUCAGAGAAGCUCAAUAUGAUCCGCAUGAGGAACCCCUGGGGAGAGAAGGAGUGGAGCGGGCCCUGGAGCGACAGCUCAGAGGAGUGGAAGAAGGUGAGCAAGAGUGAGAGAGAGAAGCUGGGCGUCACCGUGCAGGAUGACGGAGAAUUCUGGAUGACGUUUGAUGACUUCUGCCAGUACUUCACGGACCUGAUCCUGUGCCGCCUCAUCAACACCUCUUAUCUGAGCAUCCACAAAACAUGGGAGGAGGAAGUGAUGCGGGGCUCCUGGGUCCCCCGCCAAGACCCUCUGAGGAACCGCUCUGGGGGAUGCAUCAACUACAAGGCCACCUUCCUCCAGAACCCACAGUAUGUGUUUGAUGUGAAUAAGGUAGAGGAUGAGGUGUUGAUCGCCCUGCAGCAGAAGGAGAGGAGAGCCACCACCAAAGAGGGCAAAGGAGAUAACCUGGCCAUAGGCUUCGACAUUCACCGGGUGGAGCUGAACAGAAAAUACCGCAUGCACACGGCCCAGCAGAAGGUGGCGGGCUCCAUCUACAUCAACUCGCGCUGCGUCUUCCUCAGGAAGGAGCUCAAGGAGGGUCGCUACGUCAUCAUCCCCACGACUUUUGACCCCGGGCAGCAGGGCGACUUCCUGUUGCGGGUCUUCACCGACGUGCCUUCAGACUGCAAAGAGUUGAACCUGGAUGAGCCCCCACAGACGUGUUGGACGGGCAUGUGUGGUUACCCCCAGCUGGUCACCCAGGUCCACGUUCUGAGUGCUGAGGGACUCCAGGGCCAGGACUCUAAUGGAGCCUCGGACCCGUACGUCAUCAUCACCUGUGAGGGAGAGAGGGUGCGCUCGCCGGUGCACAAGGACACGCGGAGCCCUAACUUCGAUGUCAAAGGCCUGUUCUACCGCAAGAAGCCCAAGGAAGGCAUCCACAUUGAGAUCUACAAUAAGAACGUAAUUGUGGAUACCUUCCUGGGUCAGGUGACCCUGUCCAGUGACCCAAACGACCGGCAGGAGCAGCACACGCUCCACCUGCGCGACAAGGGCAAUCGCCAAGACAACGACCUCCCGGGCACGGUCACCGUGCGCCUCAUCACCUGCAUCACACUCAUCAACAUAUGACGUCACAACCACCGCCGUCGCCGCUCUCGCCAUGGAAUGUCGAAGGAGCUUGACCUUUGUCAUCUUGACGACCUUUCGCCACCCCUAAACCCAAGCAUGUCAGUUAAAAGGUUAAUCAUCCCCCACCCCUGCUCCACCCAACCCAACACCCCCUUCAACAUAUACAGACACAGCUUUCUUUCUUUCUGACUCUUUCUCUCACUCUCACUAUUACACACACACACAAACACAAGCACACAGGCCGUGUCUAAGUUCUAAAUAGUAGGCUGAUUGGGUAUGCGAAAAUAUUACGUUUUAUAGUAUGUGAAAUAUUGAACAUUUUGUAUGCUUUAAAUGCCAGGACGUCAUACUCAUUUCAUCUUUCCAUCUACUAGAAUUCACUGCACACUAUUGAGGAAGAGAAGUGUCUUUUCAGACCCACGUAAGUGUGACAACAGCCGAUAAACCGCUGAUAGUCAGCUACCAAAAUGAAUGAAUGGUGGGAAACAAAGCAAUUGUGCGUUAGAUGACACAUUCUCAGUAUGGGUGAGCCUGGUAUGUUGAUGUUUGAAGCUUACUGCAUACAUAUACUAACCAGUACAUUCUAAAUAGUAUGAUGCAUGAUUAGUACACAGUAUGUAUAUCGUUUUAGUAAGUAGUAGGCAAGACUACUCUCUCUACAUGCCUUCAACUCUCACACACACGCACACACACACACACACACACUUUUAACAUGCUCCUGCACCCCUCAUGCAUCUGCCAGCGUCUCUAAGGGCUAUACAUCGCCUUAAGGCUGAGUGGGUCUCUUUAGGAGCCUGUGACCAGCCAUAUGUCGGGUGGGAGGGGGGUCAUUGUAUUGGGUGGUAUACUGGGUGUAGCCUUGCCUCCUCCCCCCUCCAUCACAUCUAUCCCAUCUUCCUCUUCCCACUCCCAUCCCCUCGGACUACGCUACCCUUCACUUCUACAGGUUGCCAUGGACAAAAUCGAGUUUAGCACGGCAAAAAAAUGAUCUGCCUGCAUUGCACAAGCCCCAUACCCCUUUACACACAAAUGUUUUAUUUAAUUUUUAUUGAACCUUUAUUUAACUAGGCAUCACACUCUUAGCUUAGCAACCGGCGCUUUUGAUAUGCCCCAGUGGAGUGACUGUGGAGCUCCGCCUGCCAUAUUCAAGUGCUUUACGGGACCAAAGACGGACCAGGCCCUCCCUCCCUCUCUCUUUUGCCGGCGGCAGUUGCCACUGUGCCACGUCAGUCGGUCAUCUCUACGGCAACGCCACUGCCUGACGCUUCCUAAGUCAUGGGACUCCUGUCAAUUGACCUGAAUCGCGUGAAUCAUGUGACCCGAGAGACAGCAGCUGUUGUCCCUCUCUCUGUGUGUGUGUGUGUGUGUGUGUGUGUGUGUGUGUGUGUGUGUGUGUGUGUGUGUGUGUGUGCGCAUGCAUUCGUACAUGUUAAGCCUGCGCCUUUGAACAUCAUGCACCUCGCCUGGCUCUGACAGGCUCACGGACAUGGCUGGAUGGAGGGAUGAGCGGAAGAGGAGAUAGUGGACGGAGAGAAGAGGCAGGAAAUCCGUCAGUCGACUCCUGCCAAAAACAACGUGCCAUAGCCUUCUUCCUGGCUCUGACUCUGUUGUGACUCGAUACCACUAUUCCCGACCGGAACACAGUUUGAAUUAGCAUAAUUUUUUAUUAUUUGAAAUGGUAGUGUGAAAAGAGUGGGUUUUUGUCUGGCCAAGACAGAGACUAUGACAUCAUUCAGAACCAUCACUGGUACAGUCCCCAAAACCGUUAGCAUCUCUUCUCAUGUAGAUCAUGUCGCUCUUUUUCUUUUGACCUGCUUUCCACAGGCUAUUUAUCUCAAUCUCUGACAGUGGCAAGCGGCGGAGAAAGAAGAUAUACAAGGAGGAACAAGCCCCAAACGCCAUGUUGUCAUGUCGAGUAUCUUUUCAAAAGUGCAAUAUGAUUGCAGAGACGUUUCUAGAGCAGGAUUUGACGUGGGAUCCCACGUACGUUAAGAAUCAUUCCAGAGACAUUUUAUUUUUUGAAUGUAAUGCGGAGAGCUUCGAUCGACCGAUCUCUCACUCUCUCUUUAUCAAACCAUCAAUCCCUUUUACUUGUUUAUGUGCUUGUUUCAACGCCUUUUCUUUUUUGCAUUACUCGAACAACAAUGGCAUUUAUUGCAUUUUAUUUAUUUAAUGUAUUAUCACAUUUGUUUGUAUAUUUAUUAAUGCAUUUAAUGAAUUAAUGUGUCUUGGAUAGAUCAUUUUUAAUGGUAUGUACAUGGCCUUGUAUUGUUAUUCUAUUGUUUCUAUUUUAUAUUUCUUUAUUCUUUCCAUCUUCAGUGUGGGAAACAAAUGGUAGUGUUUAAGAAUCAGCAUGUUUACACUAUUGCACAUCAUAUCAAUGUCCAAUCAAGAUGUUUAAAAGGGUCACUUUAAAGGUACUGAUCAGUGACAUCCACCAUUCAUAAUGUUUUUACUAUUAACUGUCAUUCGUUGCUUCAAAUGACGAAAAUGCCAUUCAAGUGCUGUGUGACAUAUGUAUUUCCUUCUAUGUUGUUCAGUUGCAGACUAAGACAGAGAGACUAAACUGGUUGCUACAAAAAACUCUGAAAGGGAUAGUUCAUGCAAAAUCUAUUUUUGUGUCGAAUUACUCUUACCUCGAGUUGUGUCUGAAGGCCCAUAGCGACAGAAUCUUCCAGUAGUUAGCAUAAUUAGAAACGUCCAGAUUCAUUAUUGUAAACAGCGGUGCCGAUAUUGGCAGAGCUGCUUUGCAAGCCGAAACUUCAAACUGUAUUGUUAUAAGGCAAUAUGUUAUACAAGUAACAUAUAGUAACAAAAACAAAAAUUGGACAAACAAUUUAGUUAACUGAAAUAAAAUAAUUCAGAAAAACAUUUUUAAAACUACACUACAUGACCAAAAGUAUGUGGAUACCUGCUCGUUGAACCUCUCAUUCCAAAUCAUGGACAUUAAUAUGGAGUUGGUGCCUCUUUGCUGCUAUAACAGCCUCCACUCUUCUGGGACGGCUUUCCACUAGAUGUUGGAACUUUGCUGGGGGGACUUGCUUCAUUCAGCAACAAGAGCAUUAGUGAGGUCGGGCACUAAUGUUGGGCGAUUAGGCCUGGCUCGCAGUCAGCGUUCCAAUUCAAUGUGGUUGAGGUCAGGGCUCUGUGCAGGCCAGUCAAGUUUUUCCACACCGAUCUCGACAAACCCUUUCUGUAUGGACCUCGCUUUGUGCACGUGGGCAUUGUCAUGCUGAAACAGUAAAGGGGCUUCCCCAAACUGUUGCCACAAAGUUGUAAGCGCAGAAUCGUCUAGAAUGUCAUUGUAUGCUGUAGAGUUAAGAUUUCACUGGAACUAAGGGGCCUAGCCAGACCAUUAUUCCUCCUCCACCAAAGUUUACAGUUGGCACUAUGCAUUCGGGCAGGUAGCGUUCUACUGGCAUCCGUCAAACCUGUAGCUAAUAGGGAAGAAAUCCGAGCGCGAAUAUUGAACCAUAGGCGUAAACAAGGGCGGCAUCCGUUGUUUUGAGUACAUUGCUAGAAAGGAUAAAAGGAAAUGUAGUGUCAGAAGAUGGCAGCAUGUGUGGGACAGAGAUUAAAGAGAACACCCAAAGAACCUCAAAGUUCAUCUGAUCUGCGCCCACAAAGAAUCAUACAAUUUCAGCCACCAGCUAUUGGUAGCUGCUCAUUAACGGCAACCAACUUUAGCAGUUAUCAUGAAAAGAAUAGAAACAUCAGAACCUAAUUCAAGUUUAAAAAAAGAGAAGAAGCGCUUGUUCAUUUAUUCAUCCAGUCUGGCAAGUCCACGAGCCUUCAGAUAAUUCAACCAAACACCUGAUCCAAAAUGUAAAACCUGGCGCUGCUAGAGUAAACAGGUUGAUUGCUUUGGAAAUGGAUACAGCAACCCAGAAGGUUAAGGAGAUUCUGAAAGAGGCAUGAAAAAUAACCGUGUAAACGGAUGGAGCAAGAAAGGAAUGACUACUUAAUUUAUGGGUAUAUCAGCCUGCUUCUAUCACCCCUCCAAUCAAGGCACAGCAUGCGUUGCUCAACCUCCAUCGGAUUUAGCAUCCAUACACCGGAGAGCAUCCAUACACCGGAGAGGUAAUUGAGCAAGUGACAUACCAGAGGAGAAGAUCCUACUUGUCAUAACUGACAACAGGGUGAACAUAGUCAAGGCUUUCGAGCUAUUACAGAACUGGCAAGAGAAUGAUCAACAACAACCAGAGCUGGCCAUAGCGUUGAACGGUGCGGUAGAAAUGUCUGAAUCUGAGUUAGACACAGACGAUUAUCCUUUUAAAUCCCAAGUCACAUUAAGAUUGAUUUAUAAUUUAAACCUAAACAAACCUAUGACAUGACCCAUCACCUUAUGUAUUAUUGUCCCCCAGUGACAAGAAGUGACACCCCCCCAAGAAUACAAACUAUAGGCCUGCCACACAUGCAUAAUGCUACUUUCUGUCCCUAACACACACAUUUAAACUGAAAUGAAAUAAUAUGAAAUAUAAAUUAUUUUAUAAAACUCAAAGUAAAUAAAAAAUAGUACAUUGUCUGAAGACAAGCUGAAACUAAACUGAAUUUUAAAUAAAAAUCUAAAAACAAAAUCACAACUAUAAUAACCUAGAUGUUUUGUCUCUAUGAAGGAAAUGUUCAAGUUACUCAUAAUGGCUGUAAUUUAGUCAGGAUCAUUUUGAGAUGAUAAUCAAGUGAUAAUGCCUGAGAAGCCGGUGUUUGGGGGAUAUAUUGGCACGGGUGUUGUUAGGCCCGAGACGAAGUCGAGCAUCAAUAUCACCCCCGGAAGCUAACGUUCUGUUUAUCCUCUACGUAAAGUGUUACAGAGAAUAGAACGCUAUGGCGAGAAGGGUCAUGGUUAAGUUAAAGGCAAUAGAGUGCCAUAGAGCGCAUGCAGGUGUCACAGGGUUAAAAUAUGACAUACCAAGCAGAUUAAUCUUUCAUGCCAGGGGAAGAAGAGGUCCUCCUGUCAAUAAGGGGAUUGGUUGGUUUUCUGUUGCCAGGAUGUAGCAGUGUGUGUCCAUUCAGCCAGUCUGGUGCUCGGCUCUACUCUGAACAGGGGCACCCGUGGUGGGCAGGCUGGCAGGUUAGCAGCAGCAGCCAUUUUAGUUAUUUAUACGACUCAGUUUCACAAUCUUGCUGUGACCCCCACAGACAAACAAUGUCUUCAGUUAGGUAGUUUGCACAAGUCCUUAUCGUUAGCUAUUGCUAGUGGUAUAGUAGCUGUUGGCCGUAUUGCAGCUUCUGUUCUGACCAUAUCUGAACCAAUAAUAGUCACCAGGACCAAGGGGUUGUAUCACAUGUGGUAGACCAUCGCUCGUCUUUUUUAACUAUUUGUGCUACAACGGUGCCAAAAUGGACGGGAGGAAAAGACCAAUGUACUGCAGUGUACUGUUGGUUAAGGUUCUACAGUAAAUUAGCUUUGUUUGCCACUCUUGUGGACAUACAAUAACUAGUUAAACAUUGUGGGGAUUGUCAAGCCUUUCUCGUUCCAAUAUGCUUUUUUUUGUGUCUUUGUCAAAAACGCAUGCUGGUUGAGAUCUCAUUGCGUUAACAUUGCACGUUCUUGUCAUUUGCCAGAAGCAUCACUUACUCAAGGUACGAUUGGUUUACCCUUGGUGAGCGGAGUGUCAAUUCGGUGAUCUGAUUUUUCUGGCUCUGUAUAUAUUUUCUGAUGGUCCAUGCCAAAUGUUUUAAGGACACAAAACGCAUAAGAAUGUUCAGAACUUUGGCCAGUUUUAUAUCAAACCAAUAACACCAAUGCAUGAAGCAAAUUACUUCAAAUCAGCUCGCACAGUUUGAUUUUCAAAGAUAUAUUUUUUAUUCAAAAUGUUGUAAACAGUGUUACUAUAUUCAUAUAUUGAAGGCUUAUGUUGCAUACUUGCAUGUAUUUGACGGAUUCUGAACAUUUGAAUUAAGCAUCCCGAACAGUAUGUACUGUAUAUGAAAAGUGACAGCAACCAAAGUGUUUGUCCACUACUGCAGGACUCCUAUUGUGACAAAUGUAGAUCUAAUGGUGACGAACAAGGAAGUAGGACAAGGUCCCUCGUGGGCAAACCCCAUUCGCCUGAUCUUAACACAAACACCCUAUCCCCCAUCCCAAUAAGGAUAUCCCCACUGGAAGAGAUUGUUAGGCACCUUUCAAGGAUAGGAUCAUUACACUCUUACUUUCAUCAUUACCCCCUCCGUUUCAGAAAGCAUGUCAAGUCCUGCGUCUUACAGGACAUACUUUCGAAAGCCACGAUCACUAUCCCACUUCUGACGUCAGUGUGAUAAAUGUGGAAGUUGUGCUAAGUCUGUAGUGGGCUGUGAACACCAGUUGCCUAGCCUAAAGAUUAACACCCUAUCCACAAUUACAAUAGGGCUAUCCCAGUUGGGAGGGAUUGUACUGUGCUUAUCAAGUCCAGGGUCAUUACAAUAUAUUCCUGACAUUUCAAACGCAAGAGCGUAUAAUUGUUGAGAGACAUUUUAAAGCAACGGUCUGCAAGAAUACUUGUCAGAUGGAUACUUAUCCAGUUAAAUUUGAAAGCAAAAAAAAAUUAUUAGAGAUGGACAACAUGAAAAAUGUGAGGAAUACCGAAAAUAAGUGAUUGCAGAGAGUCUUUGUAUUGUGUUUACGAUUUAUUUGGAAUAUGUGUUUUUAUUAAAGCCUGUGUAAUGGCCAAACAGUACUUUCUAUGUUUCAGUUGAACACAGCCAUCAACAUGGUGCAAUGAUUUACGUAUGUUAGCUCGUUUAGACUCGGAGCUACCUUGAGUUUGUUAGCCUGCAUACCGCUGCAUGUGAACUUUAAAGGACAUUGGUCAUGAAACUUCAUACAUGUUUAUGCUAGGUGUUACGUCAUCUUUACGAUAGCAUUAUGUAGAUUCUAUGACAUUGCUCACUCAAAAUUGCCAAGUCAUGAGACACCUUCUGUGGUGGCCAUGUUUCCAAAAUGGAGUCUGAUACGUUCGACGAAUGAGCUUGUGAUUCUCUUGUACUUUUCUGCGGAUGUUUAUUAACUUGAGACUGGAAUAUACUGCAUGGUGACACUUAUAGAAGAUACUAAGGUCUUUAUAACGAGUAGCCUAUCUUUUAUCAAUAUUUUAUACUCUUGUUAAUUUUAUAUAUCCAAUUAACCUUGUGUUCUCUACGCUUAACACUGAUAUGUUUACUGAUAGCUAGAUAUCAGAAGGCUGUAUCUUAUGUACUGUAUGCUUAUCUGCGUGUUCUUACGUUGUCUUUUUUUGUUACCGUGCAUGUUUGUUUGAUUUGAUUAUCGGUUACACUGUGGUUAUUUUAAAGUUAUGAUCUGGAAAUCAUUUAUUUUCAUUUUGUAUUUUAUGUCAACUUGUGGCAUGACUUUCAAAUAAAACAUUAAACCUGA